CCCUCUGGUCUUCGCUGGAGCCGCCGCUGCUGCCGCCGCUGCCCCCUAUCCGGCGAGCCGGAGUCUCCGUGCCGUACCCUUGGUCCCCGGCCGCGCGGAGCCGGGAUGCACUGCUCCUGCUGUGGGUCCUCAUCAUGGAGACCAAACGGGUGGAGAUUCCCGGCAGCGUCCUGGACGAUCUCUGCAGCCGAUUUAUUUUGCAUAUUCCCAGCGAGGAAAGAGACAAUGCUAUCCGAGUGUGUUUUCAGAUUGAGCUUGCCCAUUGGUUUUACUUGGAUUUCUACAUGCAGAACACACCAGGAUUACCUCAGUGUGGGAUAAGAGACUUUGCUAAAGCUGUCUUCAGUCAUUGUCCAUUUUUGCUGCCUCAAGGUGAAGAUGUGGAAAAAGUUUUGGAUGAAUGGAAGGAAUAUAAAAUGGGAGUACCAACCUAUGGUGCAAUUAUUCUUGAUGAGACACUUGAAAAUGUACUAUUGGUUCAGGGGUAUCUAGCAAAAUCAGGCUGGGGAUUUCCAAAAGGAAAAGUAAAUAAAGAAGAAGCUCCUCAUGAUUGUGCUGCUAGAGAGGUCUUUGAAGAAACUGGUUUUGACAUCAAAGAUUAUAUUUGUAAGGAUGAUUACAUUGAACUUCGAAUCAAUGACCAGCUUGCUCGUUUGUACAUCAUUCCAGGAAUUCCAAAAGACACAAAAUUUAACCCAAAAACCAGAAGAGAAAUUCGGAACAUUGAGUGGUUCUCCAUUGAGAAAUUGCCCUGCCAUAGAAAUGAUAUGACCCCGAAAUCCAAACUUGGUUUGGCACCUAAUAAAUUUUUUAUGGCCAUUCCCUUUAUCAGACCAUUAAGGGACUGGCUUUCGCGGAGAUUUGGAGAUUCCUCAGACAGUGACAAUGGAUUUUCCUCAGUUGGUAGCACACCAGCUAAACCCACUGUGGAAAAAUUGAGUCGAACCAAAUUCCGCCACAGUCAGCAGUUAUUUCCUGAAGGUUCUCCUGGUGACCAGUGGAUAAAGCACAGGCAACCACUGCAGCAAAAGCCAUAUAAUAAUCAUUCUGAAAUGUCUGACCUUUUAAAAGCAAAGAAUCAAAGUAUGAGGGGGAAUGGCAGAAAACAGUAUCAGGAUUCGCCUAAUCAAAAGAAAAGAACAAACGGGGUCCACAGCCAGCCAGCCAAGCAUCAGAAUCCCUUGAUGAAAUGUGAAAAAAGACUUCAUCCACGAAAACUUCAGGAUAAUUUUGAAACAGAUGCUGUAUAUGACUUGCCUUGCUCCGGUGAAGACCAGUUGCUAGAACAUGCUGAGGGACAGUCUGUGGCAUGUAAUGGUCAUUGCAAGUUCCCCUUUUCAUCCAGAGCCUUUUUGAGUUUUAAGUUUGACCAUAAUGCUAUAAUGAAAAUCUUGGACCUUUGAUAGCAGCAGCUGUGUUGUGGAAGUCCCAGGAUCAGAAACCUGUUGCAUUUGAGUGGGUGUCUCUUUGAGCCUUACCUUUCUCAGGUGUUUUAAAGAAAUGCAGGGAGGCAAUGAUGUUUCUGAAGAUAACGUUCUCUGCAGAAGAGAGACUAGAAAGAAACAUGAGUUUGCACUGUAAAUGCAGUUAUAACCUUUUAUACAGAUAUACCUUUUCAGUGUUUGGCUAACGAAUUUAAGUUGCUUUUUAUGAGAGCAUUUUUUUUCUGUGUGAUUGUGGUUUUUAUUUCGUGUUCUGGUCAAAAAAUAGUGCUUGAGUCAUCAUCAGGUAGCCAAGUUUAAAGGGAAUGCUUCAUCUAGCCAUGACAGUGAUUGCAACAAGAGUUUCCUUAUGUUGACAUUUUUAAAAGAAAUUAGAAUUCACAAAUAUUAAAUGAAUACAAGAGCUAAAAUUGUCACAGAAGUCAAGAUGGCAGGUCGUCUGCUUUGGUGGCAUUUUGCGAAUUUCUCUGCCUCUGACCACUUAGGUUCUCUAAUCCUCCUGUGCUGGGAGAUUUGUUGAAAGGUUUUAUUUAGAGCCAGCAUCUACUAUGUAAUGUUCAUGUUAAAAAUGAACACAGCACUUCAUUACAGGACAAAGUCCUCAGCCCGGACGGGGACUGAGUUGGUUGGGUAGGGAGUGGAUGCUCUGACUGGGAGUUGAGAGCCUUGUGCAGUCAGCGAACCGGGGAGAGAGGAGCGGGGAGCCUUCAGGUGGGGAUCCGGCAACUGCUUUGGUCUUGUCUUUUUUGUCCUGCCGCCAAUUCUUCAGUAUUGUACAAUGGUUUCGUUCCUGUGAAAAUUUAUUCUCUAUUACAGUUGUGUAAAUAUGAAUGGAAUGAAUACUGACAUUAUUAGGUUUUACAUUGCAUCUUGGUGUUGAUCUCUGGAAGCUAAUGUUGUAUUAGGUUCCAGUUUGCGGUAGUAGCAGAAACUUGACAUGCCUUUAGGAGCAUGCCGAAGCCCCUUGAUGAUGGAGCGAGAAGGGAAGGGGUGUGCGGUUCACCCAGGUACAAAUAAAGCAUUUCACUCGCGGAUGAUCAGAACAAGAAGGUAACAUACGUAACUCACUUCUGGGACUGUAUUUUGCUCCUUCAGGCUUCUUUAAAUAAAGAUGGCAGUGCCCAUUUUAAGAACUUCAGCUCUAAUUGAGGACAAUCACCAGGACUUUAAGGGGGCUUUAGUGUUUGGACCACUUCUGACCUCGUUGAAGGUAUUUCUUUUGGCAGGGGGUGAUGUGUGAGCGUAUGUGUGCGUGUGCAUCUGCCAUGUGGGUUUUAAAAAUCUUUUUUUACAUGUGGUAUCCACAGAAUAUAUCUCUGCUUGUAAAUUUUAUUGUAGAAGUCUUUAUUCUGUAUAGAUAGCCUAUUUAAUAGGGGUUCUAUUUGACCCAGUGGGACUUUCAGAAGAAGUACUAUUGUAAGGAAUUCACUUGGUAUUUCUUUGCUUUAGCUUUUAAAUGGCUUGAUUUUUAAAGGAGAAAUUCUAUUUAUUAAUGAAAGUGUCAUCCUCUUGGUGCUAAGCAGGAGAAUUCAUGAUUACAGCAGUAUGUUUAAAAUUAGGUUAUUCAUAAUCCUGCAUCUUUUAAUGUGACAAACUUGUGAAUCCUUCUGUGACUUUUUUUAAAAUGCAUUGUAGGAUUGCUUUUGGAAGCUCUUACUGUUCUUUCCAGAAAUACAGCUGCUUUGCUUGGGUCUCCUUGAGCCAUAUUUGUAGUUGGUCUUAGCAUUCCAGAUUUUUAUUAAAUUGAUAAGGGAGUGAAAACUUAGUUUGCCUAGCAGGUAAAUCAUUAUCACUCAUUUAAUGUCAUCUGGCAAACAUAAUUUUUAGUGAUUUCGUGUGUGUGUGUGUGUGUGUGUUUUUUUUUUUUUAAUAUUUUGGUCAGUCUUUCUUGUGCCUCGAGUUGGGUUUUUCAGCUCUUAUUACAAAAGCAAAAGAGAUUAGAGUUAGUUACCAGAAGUAUGUGUCUUCUAAAGGUGUUGAGCCUUUUCAAGAACCAAUAGAUUAUCUCUUUUCAAUUACAGCAGUUUAACUAUGGUUAAAUGUUACUGCUGUUGUGCUGCUUCAUUUCAUGCACUGUGGAACAAAAUAAGGGUAUUGUUGAGAUGGGAUUUGGGUAACUUGAGGCUUUUAGCUCUCUUGAUAGUUUGAGGUAAAAACUGAUGUGAGUUAAAGUUUAUGUGUGUGAAGAGACUUAACUAUGCAGAAAAUGUGUACGUUGGAUGUACCUGUUUUAUGUACAUCUGCUAUACUUACACCCUUGAACCUGUGUAUUAGUUUCUCAGUGUUCAGGUUACCUUGAGAAAGGCCAUCCUUAGCACAGAACUGGAUUUCUCCUUUGAGAAUUUUAGCAUGGUUUGAAGAAAUCAAGUGAUAAAGGAGUGUGCUGAAUAUGCAAUAAUUUACUUCUGUGUGCUGCAUUUUAAGAAGCUGGAUGAGAAGGGUAGUUGUGUGGCUUCAUUGUGUUUUAAUGUCUUUGAGAGAAAAAUAGUUCUUUGAAUCCACUUUUUAAAUGUUCUUAUGUUCUAGCCUUACAUUUUCCAAGGUUCAGUGCACUGUGAAUCUUUUAUUUUUUUAAAUUUUGUAGGUGCUUUUAUGUAUAACUGUAAUGAUUUGUAAGAUGUUAAAUGAAUUUUUUUGUACUUAACCAUUGUUAUCCAAAAGAUAGGGGUUAUAGUUUACAUGCUUUCACAAAUUUUUGUUAAGAAAUAGCAAAUGAAUGGUUUUAGGAUUUCAACCAGUGACACUCUUCCUGAGACAUAAACUGAAUAGAACCCUUAGCACGGGUGAAGUUUGAAGAGGUUUGAAACUCGAGUUGGAUUUUCAUGUUAAUACAUAAAAGCAAGUCUCCUAAGCUGCCAAGGGAUUUGUGGUCACUGCUUGCUGCUUUGAGCUUUGGAUAUUCUUAUUUUUCUAUUAAAUAUCAAUUAGUAAGUGCAGAUAAGGAAGAUAUAUAGCAAAACAUAAUUUUAUGCUAUAAGAUUGGGUUGGUACUUUGUCUUUGCUGGCUUUAGUAGUUUGUGUGUAAUAUCAAAAGACUCAAAUCUAAGUAAAUGGCAUCCUUCCUUCCACAGGGAUUAAAUUUAAAUUUUAUUAUAAAGCUCAACAUACUGUGGUGUCUUUAGGAAAGUUCAGGUCUAAGGGCAUGUGUACAUUAGAAACAUUUCAUUACCUAAUUCUCUCUUUUUGUUUGUUUGUUUCCAGCAGCUAACUUGAACAGUAAGGAACAAAGUCAAUAUAAAAAUUAGAUUGUUUGCCAACUUACUUUUCUUACUAUGAUAAUGUCUCUUGGCUUUUUAUCUUUAUUUUUGUACCAGUACCUCUCUCUGCCUGUUGAGAUUUUUUAUUGACAUCUAUUGUGUCUGUGUUCUCUGAGGCAGUGUUUUCUUUGCAUAUUAAUCAUAGUUACAAGGUCAGAUUCAUUAACAUAUUUAUGAUUGAAGAAAAGUAAGUCACUUAGUGAUUUUGACUCAGAUUAUAUUCUGGCAGUGGGGAAGGGGCUCCUCUGUAUUGCAACUUUAGAUGAAUGAUAAGCUAGACAAAGUCUUAUUACUUUGUCUGAAAAGAUAUCAAAAUAUCCUUUACCUUUAAGUACCUGUUUCUGGGUAAGCAGGUUUAGUAUAACAACAGUUUUGUUAGACCUUAUUUCUGAUAGCUUGGUAAAGCCUAGCUAGAGUUCCUCAUUUUAUAUUCUGUCCUAAGACUUUAAAGUGUAUUUGUAUAGUUACGGAGAACUCUAAAAAUGAGAUUAUGAUGGCAUCAGCAUCUUUUUCUUCCUAGAGUUAAGUUGCUCUUGAAGUUUUUAUACUUGUGUGUCCUGAAGACGGCAGAUUGCAAAUAGGCAAUAAAGGCUCUGUCCCAUGCUUUCAAAAUAAAGCUCUGGAUUGCAGUUUCAAAAUAUAAGAUGGAUGAUUAUUAUAGAACAAAAGUGCCCUGAAGGAAGGAGAUAGCUAUAGUUGCUGGGCAAAGAGAUUAUAAGGAAGAAAUUUUAGAAGAUAAUCCAGUUCUUGAGUGCUCUCUGUUGUAUUAGGCUAGAAACGUGAUCAUUGCCUAGGCCAAGCAGUGUCUAAUAUAUAUGGCCAUGACCAAGUGUUUUCUAGCUCUGGAUAAAGUUGUCCUUAUUUUUUUUAUGGUUGCCAAGCAAUCCAGUAAAUCUAAAGCAAUUUUUCUCACUUGAAAGAUCGGUGUUUUGAGCCUGGUCCUUCCUGUUUCGAUAAUUUACAGCUGCAACCACACUGAAGUGCUGUACUUUCUUCCAGGAGUGUGCGAGCACAGCCGGCCAUGGUCAGGCGUGUGACAGAGCCACUUCAUGAGGUAGCUAUACCUUCGUCCUGAACGGUGAUCCAUUCCUUCCCAUGUAGUUCUCUUAUGACAAACCGCAUGUACUAUUGAAGCAGUAGUGUAAAGCUAGGGAAGAGCAUAAAGCUACCUCUCAUACAUGGGAGUGGACUUGAAGGGCUGGCUUCCACCAGCUUUAGUUGCUCAGACUUUAAAGUACAAAGAAAUGUAAAUUUUAAAAACUAUGGUAAAAUAAGGAAGUUUUAUUUUGAGAGAUGUUUAUAAUUGACUCUUUAAUCUGGGACCCCAGAUUAAUGAAAUCACUAGUAAAGAGGUUGCAUUUGUCUUGUGUCUUCUGUGGUCAGCAGAGGGGAUGGUCUAGCGACGGUCGUGGCUCGAAAGCACAAUCUGAAAAGAAACAUGGCGGAGUGCUUGUGUCAGCUGUGUAGUACUGGCUGGCGGCGCUUGGGUGAAAGGGAUUGGAUGCAGAAGUCAAUUGCCUUGUUUUGAAACUUUGGCCCACAGGGACCCUCCUCUUGGUAGACUUCUUUAGUCCUUUAGUCCGAUGGAAGAAUAAGGCCCUGAACAUAUACAUGUGCUGCUUUUUUGGUGGGAGGGCUCUUAGAGGGGUUUGGGUGUCGUUUUGGUUAUUGGCUUCCGAAGCCAGAAAGAGGCCAUGGAGUCCCCACCACCACCCCACACUUUGUAUCUUGUCCCUUCUAUAGAAGGUUAGUUUGUGCUACAUCCUUACGGUAAAUCUGCCGCUGUGGGGAUUUUAUGCAGUGAUCAUAUCUUGCCCUUGGGCCACAAGUGGAGGGGAAGGUUAUGGACACCACUGCUGUUUUGGGUCUCAGUGCAUGUAGCUGUCAGAUUGGGAACAAAGAAAACGGUGGUUCUAGGGUGAAAUGGGCAGUAUUCUGCUAGUCCUGGAGAGGUUUUAGUUAACAGUCUUAGGUUGUGGACUUUCUGAGGUAUGUAACAUUUUAAUUUAAUCUGCUUUGCAUUCAUUGACUGAGGUUCUGAAGCAAUCUCUAGCUACAAACUAUGGUGUGAAGCAUUUGGGGCACAAAUCUACAUUGUUAAUUACUUCUCAAGCUUUAAGAGGUUAGCUAGUUCUUUGUGAGAUAUCUCGGAAUAAGAUAUUAUCUUAUUCUUUUGUGAUAUUUUGGAAUCAGCUAUGGAUAGCAACGAAUGAAAGCAAAAUUUCUCAGCUGAAUGCAGUUUAGCAAGGUAGUAACUAUUCCUUAGUAGUUGUUAGAUGUUAAUACUUCCUGUAGUGAAUGAGUAGCAGGGGACUUGCUGUCUUCAUGUCCUGUACAUAAAAUGUGCACUGAUAGACAAGCACAAAAGACAUAUCUUUGCAUUUCACUACUGUCCCAGGGCACUGCUGUCUCUGUUCAUUUUAGGUUUGCAUUUGGAUGCUAUACAGGUACCUUUUAAUUUCAAAUAUAAGUGUCUGAAGAACUGAGUCCUUAAUUUUACUUUUUUGCUCAUAUUUCAUUUCAGAGUUAGGAUGGGAGACAGCUAACAGACUUUCCAUUUUCUUAUAAGCUUUUCCUUCAGUAACAGGGAAGGAAAAUAAAACCAUGAACUAUUUUGUAUAUAUAUGUUUGUGUAUAUAACACACACAUGAUGUAUACACACACACACAUAUAUAUAUUUUUUCUUAUGAUUGUGUUUGAAGUUUAUUAGCUUAAUACCUUAUAAAAAAUCAUCUUUGGUAAUUGACACAAUUCAGAUGUAAAGGUUGACCUGUUGGCUUUAACAAAAGCUUUUAACAGUCUUACUUCAGAAUAAAAUGAUUAGUCAAAUGGAAUUAUAGUUCAUGUAUUAACAAGUGAAACCCUAUAUAAAAUUGUCUUUUAUGCAGGUUAGUUUGAAUAGGAAAGGGAAUAAGAAUUUUUUUUUAACCCUAUCCCUCCCAAAACAAGGGUUUGAAGUGUCUUUUAUGCUGCAGAGACUAGGUUUAUUCAAGGAAGGUGUGUAGUCUUAAAAUAGUUUUCUUGGGAGAAGGUUUUAGUCUGAAGAAGAUGAAGAUAUUUAUGCUGAGUCAUGUUAAAUUUCAUGUGGGACCUACGAAAGCUGGUUGGAAAAAAUUGAAAUGGUUUCACUAAAUAUGUUGCGCAAACUGGACUUUGAGAGUAAGUGUGGUAACUAGAUUCAUAAACUCUUCAGUGAUUAUUUUUAUCUUAUAUGAAAAUAAUUUAACAUUUAAUUUUUGCCUUAACUGUCACAGCAUUUUAUGACUUUACCUUCUAGGGCAUUUUAAUGAUUGAAAAAAGACUGUAAGUAAACCAUUAAGAGUAAUUCUGUCUGUGGUAGUAAUGACGUUCCUGGUGCUUGUUUUGGUUAAUUGUCAAACAGCAGAAAAGAAACCCCAGAAUACUUGUGGGCUUUACCUUGUUAUACAGAUUGAUACCUUUCGGUUGGAUUUAUUGUGUUUCUGAAUUAUUACAUUCUGGCUAACCAGUAGCUUUGUCUCUUUCCCUCAGUGUUAAUCAAAGGAUGAGGACUGAUUCUCACUUCUGUUGGGUGUGACUAUCAUAAAUUAAGAAUUUCCAGUGAGUUUAAAUGUUUGCAGGAUUAUUGUAUUUCCAAAGUUGACUAGCAGUGCCAGCUGUACUCUCCCCUGAGAAAAUGAACAGUUAUUAUGCUUUUUUGAAAGCUUUUUGAUGUAAAUAACACCAGCUUAGAAAUUAAAAACCUUUUAUCUUGCAGAAUACAAUUUGAGAGAAUGAAGGUUUCCUUUUGUAUUUUAAAACAUUUUUACAGUUGAUUGUUCAGAUAUUGGCUUUGUGUAAAAAUAUUAUCGUGUUAAAUUUUGACUGUAGUGCAAUAUCAAUAAAUUUUGCUGCUUGGACAGUUUUAAUUACUACCUUAACCUGGUUUCUGCUACUGUUACUUGUUAUCAUAGGUUCCAGCUUAUUCAUAUUUUGUCUGUCUUUGGAGCAAUAAAAUAUGACAAGUAUGAGAUAAAGGCAUAUUUAUAUGAUGGGAACAACUAUUAAAAGAGUGUCUCUGCAAAAGUGAAAAUAAAGAACUGGUAUGUAUUCUCCAUCUUAAA